GGAAUGUGCUGAAAGGGCUGAUAAAAUGAUGACUGGAAGAUACCCAUUGGAUUUGACAACAUGGAGGCUCUAGGUGAUGGUGGAAAAAGCAGAUUCAGUGCAGUGGUGGAGGUGGAAGCCAGACUGGAGUGAAUGGAAGAAAGACUUGGAAGUGACAGAGAGAUGAGAGAGUGUACACAACUCUAUAAUCUUGGCUCUGGAGAGGCCAACACCUGGAGAGGAAUGUCAAGUCAAGGGAGGGCUUUUGUUUCCUUUUGACAAGGGAGAUUCUAGAGGUUAUUUGAAUGCUUAUGGAAAUGAUUUAGUAGGGAGGGAGAGAUUAAUGAUGUAGGAGAGACAACUGAUGGACGGAGGGUACUAGUGGUGGGAUUGACGUUUGACAGGAAGAGGAAAGAAGGAGGUGCAGGUAGGCCUUUGACAUCUGCUAUAUGUUGAGUAUGUACUAGGUACUAUUCUAAGUGAUGGACACAGUGAUUUAGUAUCCACAAUAACCCCAUAAAGUUGGUAUGAUUGUCCCCAUUUUACAGAUGAGGAACCUGGGGUUCGGUAGAGAUGGAGCCAAAGUCUUAAUACAGACCUGUGUGCUUUCAGAGCUCAGAAUCUUAGCUCUUACUUAGACUUUUAUGGAAUUUCCUCUGUGCUGGUGUAUUAGUCAGUUUGUUAGAGUUGCCAUAACAAAGUACCACAGGCUAGGUGGCAUUAACAACAGAAAUUAAUUUUCUCGCUCUCCUGGAGGCCAGAAGUCCAAGAUCAAGGUGUCGGCAGGUCUGGUUUCUCCUGAGGCCCGUCUCCUUGGCUGGCAGCUGGCCGCCUCCUCUCUGUGUCCUCACACGGCCUUUUCUCUGUGCACACGCAUCCCUGGCGUCUCUCCUGUGUCCUAACCUCCUCUUCUUAUGAGAACACCAAUCAGACUGGAUUAGAGCCCACUCAAAGGGCUUCAUUUCAGCUUAAUCACCUCUUUAAAGGUCUUAUCUCCAAAUACAGUCACAUUCUGAGAUUAGAACUUCAACACAUGAUGGGGGCGGGGGGCGGAUCACAAUUCCGUCCAUAACAGAUGGUGUCUGUUUACUUAAAGUAUAAGGAAAAGAGUGGGUGUGAGGGGAGUUUUGAAGAGUGUGGAGAGGGAUGAAACAGUGAUUGAAGAGGGUAGAAGGAGCUUACCAGAGAAAUGCAGCCUUUGGGUCAGUUGAGGUGGGAGAUCAUUUGUUAUAUCCAUCCAGCCCAAUUACAUGAAUUUCUGCAGCACUAUUCACAUGUACGGUUGGAGUAAAGAACAAGAACUCUGUGCUGCCAUGAGGCUUCUGGUUGCUCAUGUGGGCUUAGUAACCAGCCAAAUGACCAUCUCUCAUGUGCAAAGUUGAAAUGUAAAUGAGUUUGUUCACAUCCUCAGCACAAGUACAAAUUACUAUAUGUUAGGGAUCUUUCUAGCUGUUCUCAAAUAGUUGAAAACAUAAAAGUUAAGUAAAUCUAUGACUGCUAAGAUUUUGUUACAUUCACCAAUGCACAAAUUAGCCUGAACAUUUUUCCAACUAGUUCUGUAAAUUGUCUUUCAGGAUUACUCACCACUGUCUUUGUUUUUUUUUCUCUCCCCCCUCUUCCUUUCCAUCUUCACUUAGUUAUUUAUUGAGCACCUACUAGAUGUCUGGCACUAGGGAUAAAAAGAGCCCACAAUCUAGGGUGGGAGAUAUAUACAUAUAUACGUGUGUGUGUGUACAUAUAUAUAUAUGCAAUCCCCCCAAGUGCUAAGUACUAUUAUUAAAGUAAUAAUCCAUUUAUUGAUUUAUCCUGCAAGUAUGUCGAGUGCCUACUAAGUGCCAGGCAGUGUGUUAGGCUUGGAUAGAGACAUGAGUAAGAUAUAGUUUCUGCCUUCAAGAAAUUUACAACAGGGUAUAGAAAAAUAAACAGGUAAGUAACCAGAGUGCAAGGUGAUAUUUGUCAGAUAUGAAAAGAUCUCAAAGAAGGGGAGUGACUCUGGUCUUUGCUUUCCCUUGCAUGUUUGGAUACUCAUUGAAAGGCGCCGUUAGUGCAUUUUAAUGAAACGACCUAUAAAAAGAACAUUCAUUCAUUUCACAAAUAUUUCUGAAUGCUUGCUGUCGUUGUGAAGUGACAGUUUUGUAGCUCUCGAGUUAUGGGCAAGUGUUGGCUGGGGGAGCCUAUGACUUUUCUCCUCAUUUGAGCUUAUUGUCCACAACCUGCACUGUCCACACCUUUUUUAGGUGGUGGAAUGAUUAAUGAUGUUUCUGAACCACGCAACAGAGCCUGCUGAAUUAAAGCAUGAGAAAAGUCACAGUAACAAAGCAUUGCUGUGAUGGUGGGCAAGCAGAAAGCAUAUGCUGGCUCAGCACAUAUCUCAAAUAUUUUGAAUUCAGAAGUAUAUAUUAAUGUGGGUGUUCUCUGUGAUGUGUUUUAAAAAAAAGAUGGUGGACAGCAGAUCAAAAAUACUGAGAAAAAAAUGGAUUUUUGUGGAUUAUGUAAUUGAAACAUUUUCAAGUAUCCUCUAUUUUAACCUUAUCUCAGGAAAAAAGUAAUUUAUACCCCAAUACUUAUAAGGUUAAUUGAGACAAUGGAUAUGAACUUGGUGCUUUCUUUAGAGCUGAUGUGCUAUACAAACUCAAGGUAUUAUUAUUGGCAAUCUAGACUAUUUUUGUGGGAAAAUGCUAACCAUACUAUGGAAAUAGUGCAGGUAGUAGGAGGGAGAAAAGGCAAAUCUGAUAAAUGGUAUAUGUGGGAUUUAGAAUCAAUUAACUUAAUAAUAAUAGCUGAAAAUUGCUUUGAUGUCAUGCAGUGAACACCCCUUGUCUGUAUACUGACUUCAUUUCAGAGUCAUAUCCAGAGUACGUCAUGGUGGAAAGAACACUGGACAGGAGUCAGGAUUUCUAAGUUCUAGUCUAGCUCUGCCAUUGGCUACCUAUGUGCCUCAUUUUCCCAAUCUUUAAAAUGAAGUGGUUAUGGGAAAAGGUCUCUAAGGUCCUUCUAGUUCUGAUAUUUAUUAUUCUGUGAUUCUGUGUCCCACGCCUAUCAAAAGCAUUUUGACUUUCUUUAAGUUGCUUAAGCCAGCAUUUCAGUUAGAAUGCAUCCAGGAGCUUGUUUCCAUGGGCUGUUGGGAACAGCAAGGCCUUGCUUCUCCAGGACUUGAUAUGUCUUCUGUUAACUGCUGACAGUGAGCCAUACCACCUAAAAGGCUCCCUUGGUACCCUUAAAGAUUGAAAGGACAAAUGGACAGUGUUGAGAGCUCUGUGGAAGAGGAGACCUGAGAGACGUUGAUCAUCAUGGCCCGUUGGGAUUUGCAAAGAGGAAUGACUAGAACUGGGCCAUUCACUGCAGCCAGGUCAAAGGUCAGGUCAGGAAUGUGGACAAUGCUGGUGACUCCAGUUGCUUCCAAGAUCCGGUACUUACAGGAAUAUCAUAACCGGGUUCUCCACAACAUUUAUCCUGUACCUUCAGGAACAGAUAUUGCAAACACCCUGAAAUACUUUUCGCAGACCUUGUUAAGAAGACAAAGGAAAUUGAGCGUCCUGCGAGAUGCUCCCUCUGAACGCGGCCUGCAAAGUCGUGAUGCUCACUUGUCAGACUACCCUUCUUUGGACUAUCAAGGCCUCUACGUGACUUUGGUGACUCUCCUGGAUCUAGUUCCUUUACUACAGCAUGGCCAACAUGAUCUGGGACAGUCGAUAUUUUAUACAACGACGUGUUUGCUACCCUUUCUCAAUGACGAUAUUCUGAGUACUUUGCCCUACACGAUGAUAUCAACGUUAGCUACCUUUCCUCCGUUUCUGCACAAGGAUAUAAUUGAAUAUCUUAGCACAUCUUUUCUACCAAUGGCUAUAUUGGGUUCCUCCAGGAGAGAAGGCGUUCCCGCCCAUGUCAAUCUCUCUGCGUCAUCCAUGCUAAUGAUUGCAAUGCAGUACACAUCCAACCCAGUGUAUCAUUGUCAAUUAUUGGAAUGCCUCAUGAAAUAUAAACAAGAAGUCUGGAAAGAUCUUUUGUAUGUGAUAGCCUAUGGGCCUUCACAAGUGAAACCUCCAGCUGUGCAAAUGCUGUUCCAUUACUGGCCCAAUUUAAAGCCUCCUGGGGCAAUAAGCGAAUACAGGGGCUUGCAGUACACAGCUUGGAAUCCCAUCCACUGCCAGCACAUUGAAUGCCACAACGCAAUUAACAAACCAGCUGUGAAGAUGUGUAUAGACCCUUCCCUGUCAGUAGCUUUGGGUGAUAAACCACCCCCACUGUAUCUCUGUGAAGAAUGCAGCCAGAGGAUCGCGGGGGACCACAGUGAAUGGUUGAUUGAUGUUCUUCUGCCACAAGCUGAAAUAUCUGCUAUAUGUCAGAAGAAGAACUGCAGUUCCCACGUUAGAAGAGCAGUUGUCACCUGCUUUUCAGCAGGGUGCUGCGGUCGCCACGGAAACAGGCCUGUGCGGUAUUGCAAAAGAUGCCACUCCAAUCAUCACAGUAACGAAGUGGGGGCUGCCUCGGAGACCCACCUGUACCAGACCUCCCCUCCCCCCAUCAACACGCGGGAGUGCGGUGCUGAGGAGCUGGUCUGCGCCGUGGAGGCCGUGAUUAGCUUGUUGAAAGAAGCUGAGUUCCACGCGGAGCAGCGGGAACAUGAGCUGAACCGCCGGCGGCAGCUGGGCCUGUCGUCUUCCCACCACUCCCUGGAUAACACCGACUUUGAUAACAAGGAUGAUGAUAAGCACGACCAGCGGCUGCUCAGUCAAUUUGGAAUAUGGUUCUUGGUGAGCCUCUGCACACCCAGUGAGAACACCCCGACGGAAAGCUUGGCCAGGCUGGUGGCCAUGGUGUUUCAGUGGUUUCACUCCACAGCAUAUAUGAUGGAUGAUGAAGUUGGAAGUCUGGUGGAAAAACUGAAGCCUCAGUUUGUCACCAAGUGGUUGAAGACAGUGUGUGAUGUUCGCUUUGAUGUCAUGGUCAUGUGCCUUCUCCCGAAACCAAUGGAAUUUGCCAGGGUCGGUGGCUACUGGGAUAAGUCCUGCAGCACAGUGACUCAGCUGAAGGAGGGGCUCAACCGAAUCCUCUGCCUGAUCCCCUACAAUGUGAUCAGUCAGUCUGUGUGGGAGUGCGUUAUGCCGGAGUGGCUGGAAGCCGUCAGAACAGAAGUCCCAGAGAACCAGUUAAAAGAGUUCAGGGAAGUAUUAAGCAAAAUGUUUGACAUUGAGCUCUGUCCUCUACCUUUUUCAAUGGAAGAGAUGUUUGGCUUUAUUAGCUGUCGGUUUACAGGAUACCCAUCCUCUGUGCAGGAACAGGCUUUACUGUGGCUUCAUGUAUUAUCGGAGUUAGACAUCAUGGUUCCACUUCAGCUGUUAAUAAGCAUGUUUUCUGAUGGAGUUAAUUCUGUCAAAGAGCUGGCAAAUCAGAGAAAAUCAAGAGUCAGUGAACUGGCGGGGAACCUUGCAGCUCGAAGGGUGAGUGUUGCCUCUGAUCCUGGUCGACGAGUUCAGCACAAUAUGCUGAGUCCAUUUCAUAGUCCUUUUCAGAGUCCAUUUCGGAGUCCUAUGCGUAGUCCAUUUCGUAGCCCUUUCAAGAAUUUUGGACACCCAGGAGGAAGGACUAUUGACUUUGAUUGUGAAGAUGAUGAAAUGAAUCUAAAUUGUUUCAUCCUCAUGUUUGAUCUUCUCCUGAAGCAGAUGGAGUUACAAGAUGAUGGGAUCACGAUGGGUUUAGAGCACAGCCUAUCAAAGGACAUUAUUUCCAUUAUAAACAAUGUCUUCCAAGCCCCCUGGGGGGGCUCCCACACAUGCCAGAAGGAGGAAAAAGCAAUUGAGUGUAACUUAUGUCAGUCUAGUAUUCUGUGCUAUCAGCUUGCUUGUGAACUCCUGGAGAGACUGGCUCCUAAAGAAGAAAGCCGGCUGGUGGAGCCCACAGACAGCCUUGAGGAUAGCCUCCUUUCCUCCAGACCAGAGUUUAUUAUUGGUCCUGAAGGCGAGGAGGAGGAGAAUCCAGCAACCAAGCAUGGGGAGAACCCAGGAAAUCGCACCGAGCCCAUGGAACAUGCUGCAAUAAAGAAUGAUACUGAAAGAAAGUUUUGUUACCAGCAGCUUCCAGUCACUUUGAGACUAAUAUACACCAUUUUCCAGGAAAUGGCUAAGUUUGAAGAGCCAGACAUUCUUUUUAAUAUGCUCAAUUGCCUGAAGAUUCUCUGUUUACAUGGAGAAUGUUUAUACAUUGCUAGAAAAGACCAUCCUCAAUUUUUAGCCUACAUUCAGGAUCAUAUGUUGAUUGCAAGCCUGUGGAGAGUCGUCAAGUCUGAGUUUUCCCAGCUCUCCUCAUUGGCUGUUCCUCUCCUUCUCCAUGCUCUGUCACUUCCUCAUGGUGCUGACAUCUUCUGGACAAUUAUAAAUGGCAACUUCAACAGCAAGGACUGGAAGAUGAGGUUUGAAGCAGUGGAAAAAGUGGCUGUAAUUUGUAGAUUUCUGGAUAUUCACUCAGUGACCAAAAACCACCUGCUGAAGUACUCCCUGGCCCAUGCCUUCUGCUGCUUUCUGACAGCUGUGGAGGACGUCAACCCAGCAGUGGCCACCAGGGCCGGUCUCCUGCUUGACACCAUAAAGAGGCCAGCAUUGCAGGGUCUGUGUCUUUGUCUUGACUUCCAGUUUGAUACUGUGGUUAAAGAUCGACCCACAAUAUUGAGCAAACUUUUACUCUUGCAUUUUCUUAAGCAAGAUAUUCCUGCUUUGAGCUGGGAGUUCUUUGUCAAUAGAUUUGAGACGCUUUCCUUGGAAGCUCAGCUACAUUUGGAUUGCAACAAAGAAUUUCCUUUUCCUACAACUAUCACUGCUGUAAGGACCAACGUCGCUAACCUCAGUGAUGCAGCACUGUGGAAGAUCAAGAGGGCUCGUUUUGCAAGGAACCGCCAGAAGAGCGUGCGUUCCCUGAGAGACAGUGUGAAAGGGCCUGCGGAAUCCAAGAGGGCGCUCUCCCUCCCUGAGACCCUAACCUCCAAAAUUCCUAUGAGGUUGACCAGGCAUGAGCAGUCUGCUCCAGCUCUCGGUGGGACACCUGAACAGACUCCAGGACAACAAUCCCCUGAGAAUGACAACACCAUCAAGGACCUGCUCCCAGAAGAUGCUGGGAUCGACCACCAGACAGUUCACCAGCUGAUUACGGUGCUCAUGAAGUUCAUGGCCAAGGAUGAGAGCAGCGCUGAGUCAGACAUCAGCAGUGCGAAGGCCUUCAACACGGUCAAGCGGCACCUCUAUGUCUUGCUCGGCUAUGACCAACAGGAGGGCUGCUUCAUGAUUGCACCUCAAAAAAUGCGCCUGUCAACUUGCUUUAAUGCAUUUAUUGCAGGAAUUGCCCAAGUUAUGGACUAUAACAUUAACUUGGGAAAACACCUUCUCCCCUUGGUGGUUCAGGUGCUCAAAUACUGCUCUUGUCCUCAACUACGGCAUUAUUUCCAACAGCCACCUCGUUGUUCCCUCUGGUCCCUAAAGCCUCACAUCAGGCAGAUGUGGUUGAAAGCCUUGCUUGUCAUCCUUUACAAGUAUCCAUACCGAGACUGUGAUAUCAGCAAGGUCCUGCUGCAUCUGAUUCACAUAACAGUCAAUACUCUCAAUGCCCAGUAUCAUAGCUGCAAGCCCCAUGCCACGGCAGGACCUUUGUACAGUGACAACAGUAACAUAAGCAGAUACAGCGAAAAAGAAAAAGAAGAAGAUAGUGUUUUUGAUGAAUCUGAUAUUCAUGAUACACCUACUGGACCCUGCAAUAAAGAGUCUCAAACUUUUUUUGCAAGAUUGAAAAGGAUAGGCGGCAGCAAAAUGGUGAAAUAUCAGCCGGUUGAGAUGAAUGUUCAGAGAAGUGAAAUAGAACUGGCUGAAUAUAGAGAAACGGGUGCAUUGCAAGACAGCAUUCUACACUGUGUGAGAGAAGAAAGCAUUCAGAAAAAAAAGCUACGCUCUUUAAAACAAAAGUCUCUUGAUAUAGGGAAUGCAGACUCCCUCUUGUUCACACUGGACGAGCACCGCAGGAAGUCCUGCAUAGACCGGUGUGACACAGAUAGGCCUCCCCAUGCCGCUUAUGUCAUGCAAAGACAGCAUGGCCACGGGCAUCCGAGACAGAACUCGGCUACGAGGCCCGACAGUACCGACGUCCCUGAGAACCCGGCUACGGAAGGUUUUCAAGAGACUCGAAGGCCUGUCAUACCAGAAGUCAGAUUAAACUGCAUGGAGACGUUCGAGGUGAAAGUUGAUUCCCCACUAAAGCCUGCUCCUAAAGAGGAUUUAGAUCUGAUAGACCUGUCCUCAGAUUCAACCUCUGGGCCUGAAAAACACUCCAUGCUCUCAACAUCUGACAGCGACUCUCUUGUGUUUGAGCCUCUGCCCCCUCUCCGAAUAGUAGAGAGUGACGAAGAAGACGAGGCCAUGGAGCAAGGAAAUGAUGGUGCCUCUGGUAAAAACGCUGCCUCCUCCCCCUCCAUCCCCAGCCACCCCUCUGUCCUCAGCCUAAGCACCACGCCCCUUGUGCAAGUAAGUGUGGAGGAUUGUUCUAAAGACUUUUCUUCUAAGGACUCAGGAAAUAAUCAGUCAGCAGGUGACAGGGACUUUGCUCUCAUAGCUCUGGAAGACCCCACGGACUCUGAAGAGUUAUCGAAGCCAGAGGAGCUGCAAGAGUUUCCCUGUGGCAGCCCGCUCACGCUUAAACAAAAACGAGAUCUCCUUCAGAAGUCAUUUGCUCUCCCCGAGAUGUCACUGGACGAUAAUCCCGAGCCCAGCAUGGAGGAGGAGAAGCCCGGUGGGCUGAUGCCAAGUUCAGGGGCAAAAACUGUCCUCCUCAAAGUCCCUGAAGAUGCUGAGAAUCCAACAGAAGGUGAGAAGCCCAACACCAGUGCUGAAUCGGAUACGGAACAGAAUCCCGAGAGGAAGACUGAGGCGGAGGGAACUGAGGAAUCCGAAUUUAAGAUUCAGAUUGUCCCCAGGCAGAGGAAGCAGAGGAAGAUUGCCGUCAGUGCCAUCCAGAGGGAGUACCUCGACAUUUCCUUCAACAUUCUAGACAAAUUGGGAGAACAGAAAGACCCAGAUCCCUCUACUAAAGGCCUUUCAACUUUGGAAAUGCCACGGGAAUCCUCAUCUGCCCCUACAUUAGAAGCAGGUGUGCCUGAAACAAGUAGCCAUUCCUCAAUAUCAACUCAGUAUAGGCAGAUGAAAAGGGGAUCUCUGGGAGCUCUGACAAUGAGCCAGUUAAUGAAGCGACAGCUGGAACACCAGUCUAGCGCCCCCCAUAACAUCAGCAACUGGGACACUGAACAGAUACAGCCCGGGAAACGCCAGUGUAAUGUGCCAGUAUGCCUCAACCCUGACCUGGAGGGCCAGCCAUUGAGGACGAGAGGUGCCACUAAAUCCAGCCUGCUGUCGGCACCCAGCAUUGUCAGUAUGUUUGUGCCAGCACCCGAAGAAUUCACAGAUGAGCAGCCGACAGUGAUGACAGACAAAUGCCACGACUGUGGGGCCGUCCUUGAAGAAUACGAUGAGGAGACCCUUGGGCUGGCCGUUGUGGUCCUCUCCACAUUCAUUCACCUAAGCCCAGACUUGGCGGCCCCGCUAUUGCUGGAUAUCAUGCAGUCUGUGGGAAGACUGGCGUCCAGCACUACUUUUUCUAAUCAAGCAGAAAGCAUGAUGGUUCCCGGCAACGCCGCGGGGGUGGCCAAGCAGUUCCUGCGCUGCAUCUUCCACCAGCUGGCCCCCAACGGCAUCUUCCCGCAGCUCUUCCAGAGCUCUAUCAAAGAUGGCACGUUUUUGCGGACCUUGGCCACGUCCCUGAUGGACUUCAACGAGCUGAGCUCCAUCGCGGCGCUCAGUCAGCUCCUGGAGGGUCUAAAUAACAAAAAGAAUUUACCAGCAGGGGGUGCUAUGAUACGCUGUUUGGAAAACAUUGCUACUUUCAUGGAAGCUCUGCCCAUGGAUUCUCCUAGUAGCCUCUGGACCACAAUCAGCAACCAGUUUCAGACAUUUUUUGCCAAGCUGCCUUGUGUUUUGCCUCUGAAGUGUUCUUUGGAUUCCAGUUUGAGAAUAAUGAUUUGCCUCUUGAAGAUACCCUCCACCAAUGCCACAAGGAGUUUGUUGGAACCAUUUUCAAAACUGCUCAGCUUUGUAAUUCAGAAUGCUGUCUUCACUUUGGCCUACCUGGUGGAGGUGUGUGGCUUAUGUUACCGGGCUUUCACUAAGGAGCGGGAUAAAUUCUACUUGUCUCGCAGUGUUGUUCUAGAACUUCUGCAGGCCCUGAAGCUCAAAUCUCCUUUGCCAGAUACAAACCUCCUUCUGCUUGUCCAGUUUAUUUGUGCAGAUGCUGGAACCAAACUCGCUGAGUCAACGAUCCUGAGCAAGCAGAUGAUCGCUUCUCUACCUGGAUUCCAUUGGCUAGAACUCAGUCACAUGGCCACACCUAACUGCCAAAGAGGAUGGGAAGUAUGGUCCAGUUGUGUGGCAAAGAAGAAGAGAAAUGAAUCUUGUGGGACGGCAGCGAUGGAGUGUGUGCGGCAGUACAUCAACGAGGUGCUGGAUUUCAUGGCGGACAUGCACACGCUGACCAAACUGAAGAGCCACAUGAAGACAUGUUCUCAGCCUCUGCAUGAAGAUACCUUUGGUGGGCACCUCAAAGUCGGACUGGCUCAGAUUGCAGCCAUGGAAAUCUCCCGGGGCAACCACAGAGAUAACAAAGCUGUGAUCCGCUAUCUGCCUUGGCUCUAUCAUCCCCCUUCUGCGAUGCAACAAGGACCUAAAGAAUUCAUCGAGUGUGUCUCCCACAUCCGUCUGUUGUCCUGGCUGCUUCUGGGUUCUCUCACUCACAAUGCAGUGUGUCCAAAUGCCUCCUCUCCGUGCCUGCCCAUACCUCUGGAUGCAGGUUCCCACAUUGCAGACCAUCUUAUUGUUAUCCUGAUUGGAUUUCCAGAGCAAUCAAAGACCUCUGUGCUGCACAUGUGUUCCCUCUUCCACGCAUUUAUCUUUGCUCAGCUCUGGACCGUAUAUUGUGAACAAAGUGCCGUAGCUACAAACCUCCAAAGUCAGAAUGAGUUCAGCUUCACAGCGAUACUGACGGCACUUGAGUUUUGGAGUAGGGUGACACCCAGCAUCCUUCAGCUGAUGGCGCAUAACAAAGUGAUGGUAGAAAUGGUGUGUCUCCAUGUGAUUAGUUUAAUGGAGGCUUUGCAAGAAUGCAAUUCAACAAUUUUUGUCAAGCUGAUACCUAUGUGGUUGCCAAUGAUUCAGUCAAAUAUCAAGCACUUAUCUGCGGGACUCCAGCUUCGCCUCCAGGCCAUUCAGAACAACGUGAACCACCACAGCCUCAGGACGCUGCCGGGCUCGGCCCAGAGCAGCGCUGGCCUGGUGGCCCUCCGCAAGUGGCUGCAGUGCACCCAGUUCAAAAUGGCCCAGGUGGAGAUCCAGUCCUCAGAAGCAGCCUCUCAAUUUUAUCCUCUAUGAGUGGACUCCUCGGCUCUCAGUGUCAACACUCUGGUUUAGCAAUAAUGGGUUUAAAAACAAAACAAUUUGAUCCAAGCAGGUUGGGGAACAUAUUGGUACUGUACAUUCUCUUUCUAGUUUAGUAAAAGACGUGCAAAGGCCGGAGAGGGCCAAAAAUGAAGCUUUCUUGCUACACAUAUUUCUGACAACUCCUUGGGCUAUCUGAUUAAGUGUUUCCUUACAUUAUUUUUUAAAAACCAAAUCAUUUUUCUUUAACUAACUUCUAUUUUUUUUAAGAAAAAAAAAAUAGACUGGCGGGUACUCACAGAAAAGUUGUAUAAGGCCCCCUGUUGCUAUUUUUGAUGAUAGAGAAUAAAUAGGGUUUUUGAAACCUUUGUAGUGUUUUUUCUUAAAAUCCACUCUUGGCAAUGCAAUAAAAAAACCCGUCACCAUAAGCCAGUGACACUUGACUGAAGCUUUUUGUCAUUAUCCUGGGAAAAGUGGCAGCUUGCAAGGACCAUUACAAAGUGCACUUAGAAAUUAGGUGGUUAAACUGUGCCAAUUGUUUUCUUUGUUUUAUAAUAUCAUUUUCCAGAACUGUCCAGUAAGUUUUAUUAUUUUUAAAACUAGUUUUUCGACUCAUUAGUUCUAGGCUGUACUUUCUUGUAAGCUUUAUGAUAACCACUUUAGUUUUGUGAAUAAUAAAUUUUAUUCUUUUGUUAAUACUUGUAUACAAUUCAAUUUAAAACUGUAGAUUGCAUACUGGACCAGGCGACUCCCCACGCUGGCACAGAGCACUGUACCGGAGUUAUGUUUCAUAAAACGGAAUUUUAAUAGUGUAAGAGCACCAAGAUUUAUCAGCGGUUCUCCUUAGCAUUGGACUCUGCAUUCACAGAUGAUAUUUCUUUUCUCUCUCCCUGUAAUGCACUGACGAAAAGAAGACUUAACAUGCAUUGAAGCUGUAUAUCGACAUGCUAUUAAAUGCAUUUUUUAUUAUCUU